ACGGGGAGAACUGAGCACCCGGGUACUCGGGAACCCGAUGAAAUCAACAGGAAUGAUCAGGAAGUCGGGAAGGGAGACGUAACCUGGAACUUCGCCAUUUUCCCUAGGGAAGUCUACUUUGCUUGACCCUGUACAUUACAUUUUAUAUUUCGUCUGUGAUAUCUCUUAAAAACAUGAAGGUCAUCUUGAUCCUUUUUUUUUUAAUUGAUUAGUAUAUUUUUCUUCUUUGCCACGUGAAAGCGGUUUCUCGGAUUAAUAAAAACGACUUCGGACUAUGGAGAAUGAACGACAUUAUGGACUACGAAGCGGAAGCAGAUCACGUUCCCAAACUCCUUUGGUACAAAACCGUGCCUUAAUUGAACCAGAGAUUCUAGAACACCAUUACGAUUUGAGAAGUAGAAGUAAAGAGAGAUCUCACACUCCUGGAGAGGUUAGCAGAAGAUCCGCUUCUAGAAUGUCACUUGGUAGCAGUAGUAAGACUAACGAUCAGAGCAUGGAAACGACAAUGGAAAGUAGAAAGGAAAGUUCUGCGCUUGACACUUUGUCAGAGGAGGAAUGUAGGAAACUUGAAAAUAUUUGUACCGGUACAAAAAGGGUGGAGCGUCGAUCCGAACGACAGAAGGCGAAGAGACAAACAUUUUCAAACGGUCAGACUGACAAUAAAGAAGAUCCCUCUGGGAGGAAGAACGAGAAAGGUCGUAGAAGCGUUUCUCCGCGUAGGAUUAUUACCAGCGAUUAUUCUUCGGAGGAAGGGGAACGAGAGGAUUCAUCUAACAGACCAAAAUCUGCCCACGAGAUUUAUGAGCAAGCUGGUGAUUGGUGGAAUGUAUUCCCUAAAACAGACUAUACUUACUCGGCGAAGUCUCAGUGUCGCUAUGAAAUAGCGCCCGGUAUAUUAGCAAUGCCAAACAUGUCUCGACGCUCGAUCCAUUCAGACACGAGCGGAGCGUAUGAUUCGACGAGUAUGGAUAAGGAGAGGGAAUCGGAUGUAAACAUCUCUACACCUAUAAACGAUGCCCACCAGUCGCGUAGUUCGAGUUCCGAAGCAAAAUCAAAGAUACAAUAUAAAAAGACACAUGUAGAACAGUAUCAUUGUCAUAGAGAAGCAGUUUACGCAGUACCAAAAACGUCAUUGAGUUCACGUACAAGGCAAUCAUUACGUUCUGACUCGCAAUCAAAAUCUACCCAUUCUCGGAAAUACAAUGUUACGUCUUGUACCGAUUCUGACACAGAAUUGGACGAAGCGAUUACGAGCUACCAUGAUAGAGAAAAAACAAUAACGCGUCGAUUUAUGAAUUCUAUUUCGAUCGUUGUUCUAUGGUUUAGCAAACUGCUUGAAUUUUUGAAGCUGAAAGCAGUUAAAAGAAGAGAAUAUAGUGCUACUUACGAAUAUCAAAGACACGAAUCAUGGUGGUACAAAAUAUGGCGAUUAGCUGAUCGUUGCUCGCAGUAUGUUUACCUUUUUAUGGUUAAAAUAUUCUUCUUUGAUUCAUGGUUGUUGAGCCGAGUUUCUGGCGUUAGAAGAUGGACGCACCAAAGAAGCUCAAAAGUACUUUGGGUCGCUCUACUGCCAUUACUUCUUUUGACUGGUUGUUGGUGCUCACCAUACCUUUCAACGUUGUUCCUUUCAACCAAAGUUAUCGCGCGACAGUUCUGGGAAACGUCGGAGCUGCUUACACCUGGUAAGCAAUCCUACUUGAAGGGGGAAGAUGAAUUAUUGUCGUUGGAGAAAAAAUUGGAGGAAUAUAGUCAACGCACACCUGAAUUAAACUUAUACGCUCGGAAGAUCGAGGACAUGAAAUUACAAUUCGAAACACUGAAGGAACUUUACGCACAGUUGCAACCGUGUUGCAAUAAAAAUUUCGUUACCAAAGAAGAUCUGGAGAAACGCAUCGAGGCGAUCGUGGCCGAUCAUUUUGUUAAUAAAGAUUUUCGGGACGCGACGAUUGCAGAUAGGGACAGCGGCGGGGACAAAUUAGUUAGUAGCAACAUUGUAUCGGACGAUCGUGUACGGGAAAUAGUAAAAGAGGCUUUGAGAGUGUACGACGCGGAUAAAACAGGACGCGUCGAUUACGCUUUAGAAUCUGCCGGGGGUCAGAUCAUUAGCACCCGUUGCACGCAAAAGUACGAUAUAAAAACAAGAGUGUUCAAAUUACUUGCGUUGACGCUUCAUCAUGAAAAUAACGAUCCUCGUACGGUGAUACAAGGAAAUCCGAUACAACCAGGUAUUUGUUGGGCGUUUCAAGGCUUUCCAGGAUAUUUGUUAAUCAAGUUACGUAGUGCCAUUUUCGUGACUGGCUUCACGUUCGAGCACGCGGCAAAAACAAUUUUGCCUAACGGAGAAAUGAGGAGCGCUCCGAAGAAGUUCAACGUUUGGGGUUUCGAAGAUGAAAAUGAUCCCGCGCCUGUGAUGUUCGGUGAUUACGAAUUCGUCGCAUCGGACGAUAGUUUACAAUACUUUCCUGUUCAAAAUGCAACGAUCGAGAGGCCUUACGAAUACGUGGAAUUAAGGAUACAAAGUAACCAUGGGCAACUGGAAUACACCUGUUUAUAUAGGUUUCGCGUUCACGGGGUACCUGUCUAAGCGAAGAACCCGGAGAAACUGUGCUUUUCAAGUCUGGUGACUAAUAUUGUUGUUUGAAUAAUUGACCGUUUUCACGCUGAUACGUGCCUUCGAUGAUCCUUUUCAGUUUAACCGAGAAAUACCGUCGCGAUCAUGAGAUUAUGUAUUUUGAAACACGGUACGAAACAAGACGGAUAAAAGAUGGAACUUAAGUUACCGUUACCAUAUACGUAAACAGUAGAGUGCUUGAACGUUCGAGAAGACUAAAAGUCGAACCAUUACUUUACCAUUUACCUUGGUGCGAGUGUUUGUUGCUCUCUCUCUCUUCCCUUGUUUUACCGUUAAGCACAAAUAUAACGCUCGAUCGAGCAGACGUGAAAAUACGCGGUUGGUUAUUUAAAGUAAUGGAAACAACGGCGUUGGUUGAACAACGUCGUUGCUCGAGAUAUUAUGAAAAGUUGAGUAAGUUGAAUACCUGUAAUAUCCCACAACUGUAAAAUUACGCGACAGUACAAAUUGUAAGGAAGAUACGUGUUUUCUUUAGUAUAAGGUAUAUUUGCAGUGUUUGUACGAUGAUCUUUAUUAUAAUGUAUUUUACGGAAACUUAAUAUAGCAUACUUAAUAAUAUAUGUAUUUAGUUGGGUGCACGUUGCUGGUGCAGAUGUAUGUGUACGUAUGCAUAUGUACACAUUGUUCGAAUGUGUGCAUGUAUGUAUGUACAAUAUCAAUCAUAGCGUCCGUUCGUCUAGUGUAUUUUGUAAUUUCAAGCUUUUAUCAGAUGAUUAUGUUAAUUAAUUUAACAGUUUUAUUAAAUAAUUAGAUUUAUGAUAUUUGCUAAGGUUAAACUUGGACUCCAAAAUCAGUGCUUUUUCACUAGACGAAUGAACACUAUGAUUGAUUUGUAUAUCGUAUAUGUAUAAUAUACCAAGAAACAUAUUGUUUUUCAAUUGUAAAGCGAAUCUAUUGAUUGUAAUUAAAUUAAUUGUAAAAAAAAAAAAAAAACGGAUUAAUUGAACGCCGGAAAUAAUUAUUUUUGGGAGAAGAGAAAGGACGAUGAAACGUUGAUUUUUGAAUCAUCUUUAUUCACGCAAAACAAGAAUAGACUUAAAUAUUCGUGUCAAUAAUCAUACGCGUACACACACGUGUAACGUACACAUCGCUUAGGUACAUGAAACGCGUGUACGCAUUUCUUGUAUGCAUAUACGUGCGAUAAGACAAUAUAAUAUACAUUAUAUAUCUAUAUAUAUCUAUAUAUAUAGAAUUGUACAAGAAUCAAAUUGGAUAGUAUACGCAUUCUUAGCCGUUUCACUUUUCGUUUCUACCUGCGCAUCACGAAAGCGUAACAAUGGUAAUGCCGACGCAAAACACGAACAAGUUGAUAAACUAGAGAAGAGAAAAGAACGGGGUAAGAGGAAAGGGAACGAAGAAAGAGCAAAAGGUAAAAGGGUUUUGGCGGUUGUUCGGUUUCAAUCGAAAAAUGAUUCGCAUUCCUCGGCAAAGUGCUGGUGCGCAGCUGUAGAAACAAAAUGAAUACGCGUCGACAAGAAGAUUCUGGAACGGUGUCGGAAUGAGGUUCAAUACUGAUUUUGGAAUGCUCGUAAUUCCCUAAACUGGGAAUGCGUUAGAAUCUUAAAUAAUAUUCGAUAACAUUAAAAAAGGAAUCUCGAUAUCGGCCAGUUACUAACGAUUCCUGCAAGACAGUCAGAGAUCAUCCAUUGGAGCACGAAUAAUACACAAUGUUACGCGAAAAACGAUAGACGCCGCGUUCUAUCGCCGCAUAUCUUUUUUUUUUUCUUUUUCAUUUUUCAUUUCUCUUACGACACGAUAGAAUCGCGUCGAAGAACAUUCGUCGAUAAGUUUUAUGACCGCUUUACGAUCGCCCUUCUCGAAACUAAAGAAUGUGAAGAAAUAAAUAAAUAUUACGCGUCUACUACAUACGGGUAACGUACUCCGUUCAUCGUUCGACUCACACUUACGAGCGCCAGUGUGCAUCGGUCGUUUCAUUGACACCGGAUCUGUCGCUCGUCCGUUCGAUUUCGUUUCUCUGUUUCUCCUUUCUCUAAACAUAAUUUGAAAUGAACACGGAGUUCGUCGUAGCGAUAUCGUGACAAAUUGUAACAACAAUAAGUAUACUAUAAACUAACAAUACAAUAUUAUAUAACGUAAUAUAAAAUAAUAUGAUAUAAUAGUAACGAUAGUAAUGGUGCGAGGGGUUAGUGGAAGGAAGUGCAUAUGAAACGAUAGAAAGAAGUGGAUAAUUUAUAGUAAGCGAAUAAUUAUAGUAGUUUUAAUCAAGGUGUUCGAAUUUUGAAGUUAAAAUUUUCGACGCCAUGAUGAAGGUACGAAGAGAACUUGGUAAGUAGAGAGCCCAUCGACAGUAUCGAUAAUAUCGAUGUUCGAGAGAUAGCGGUAAGGGUUAGAAGUAGGAAUAGUAGAGUGUGCUAUAUACUAGCACGAUAUUAAUGAUGGUGGUAAUUGAAGAAAUAUAAGUGAUGCUAAAAAAGUAGCCCGUGCGUGAUAAUCGCGAUUUUUCAAUGCCCUUUUCUUGCCAAUCGAGUUAACGAUUCUCCGAUCGGUAACACUCUACAUCGGAAUGAAAUUCGCGUCGCGUUGCAUAACCGUAGAUCUGACUGUCGCGCGUACGAAACGUAAGUCUCGUCCAGGAUCGUUCGUUUCCGCAAGUGUUUUUCCAAUGACAAUUUCGGCAAAGGGAAAAAGGAUAAACAGAUGCAUCGUGUAUAAGUAACGCAUAAGGUACAUGUAUUUUGAAUGUCAACCAAGGGAAAGAAUGAGAAAUUGUGGGCGUCGAGCGAGGGAACAAAACAUAGUUGAUCAACGACAAUUUUAGGAUACACGUGGAACGACGGCGACGAAUAAGAAGCAGAAAUUGCCUCGAGUACACGUGCCGUUGAAUUUCACUGGAACCAGUGGGUGCCAAAGGGUCGCGGAGGAACGUAAGCCCACGUACUUACAAUUGCUGGCUGUGCCACAAUUUAGAGGAUUUA